AUGUCAGAUGAAAAGGGGUCAUUGGAAUAUCUCCCAAUCUAUUCAUUUCUCUUUUCGAAUGAAAAAGGGUCUAGCUUAUAUAAUGCUUAUGUCCGGGAUGAAGUGGAAGAUAAAUUGCCUUUAAGAGCUGUGAUUGAUAUAGAUGCAUCGAAAGAAGAUAUGGAAACAGCUAAUGUUAAAGGACAGGAAGUAUUUAUUCGAAUCUGUUGCUCUUUCAUAAGAGUUUUGUAUCGAAUUCUUGACUGUGGUUGGAAAGAUAUUCUCAAAGG